UCUGACAUCCGACAAUCAGUAACGACAAACCUCAUUGAAGGAAAUAUAACAUACCGCGAUUGAACAUAAUAUGUAUCAUUGAUCAUUUAAUUAUUUCUUGUGUUAACUAACGCUUAAUUUUUUUCCCUUUGGUGCAGCGAAUUGAUUAGAUAGAAGAUUUGUAUUGCAGGAUUUCUUAGAAGAAAUUAACAUGAUUCGACAGAGAUGUAUAAGUUUUAUUAUUUUAACACUGUUUAUUACUUGCGUUUUUAGUGAAAACAAGUAUAGUCGUUCAUCUAACGAAAAGAAGAUAAAUGAUGUCAAUUUUAGAACACUGGAAAAGCCAUUUAGAAUGAAUAAAUUGAAUAUUGUUUGGAUAAAAGCGCAACAGCGCUUAACAGAACCGAAAUUAAAAUCGCUAUACAGUGAUUUAAUGAUUCAAGACAAAGAAGAAAUUACUUAUAAGAGAGUUAAAAGCGAAGGAGGAGAUAAAGAAGGUCUGAAAGAAGCAGAGUUGCGGCGUAAAUUAACGAACAUUAUGUCUGUGUAUGGUCUACUAGAAAAUUUUGAAGAAGUACCUGAAAGGCAAAAACAAGAUCCAGCGUACAACUCUGCAAUGGAUGGAUAUAUCAAUAAGAGCCUUUUUAAAGAUAAAAAACUCAACAUGCUCUGGGCUAAAGCCGAGGCUUCUGGAUUUACGAGUGAAGAGUUAUCAGCUUUAAGAGAAGAAUUUAUGCAUCAUCAGGAAAAAAUAGAUCAAUACCAUGAUUUGUUAGUUAAUAUGGAGACAAUUGAUUCAGAAGCUCACAAAAAUGCAGUAGAUGAUGAAGAAAUUGAUAAGUUUAAUGAAAUUAAUUAUGAGAAAGACAAUGGAGAGAAUCUUAGUAAAGAUUUUGUCAAUAGAGCUAAUUUAGUCAGAGAAAAGCACAGAGGUUUGAGAGACGGUUAUGACAGGUUACAGAGGAUUGCUGCUAAAGGACCAAAUAAUAAAGAAUUUAUUGAGCCAAAAGUUCAAGGAUUAUGGCGUAUCGCAGCAGCUGCUAAUUUUACUGUUGAAGAAUUGGCAUCAUUAAAAGUUGAACUUCAACAUUAUGAAUCUCGUCUUUUAAAACUGCGCACAUUACACGCAGACCAAGUAAGCAAUUAUGAAAAACAUCAUAGUAAGAUUGCAGCCGCCGGUGACAAGAUGGACCACUUCGCUGACCAGCAGCAAAUGUUAAAGAAACACACUCGAAAGGUGGAGAAGUUGCACGCAGAUCUCGAAAGCAGGAUCUUGGCACGACACACUGAACUAUAAUAUAAUGCUGGAAAAUUUUCAUGCUUUUCUUUUCGUAAGUUUGUCAAAGAAAAGAGAAAAAAAUCUAUUUGAGAAUUUGUUCUUAUUUAAGUUAUUUUUCAUAAUAUAUUAUAUUUUUACAAUUGUUCCUUUUGAUAAGUUUACAAUAUAAGUAAGAAUCUCUAAGGUUUUAUUUUAACUAUUAAAUCUGAUGAAAAUUUA